AUGGAUUUGGAGGAGACGUACAAAGAGGGAGAGAACACAGAGGGGAAAAUUACUCGAGCUGCAGCUGCAAAGUUGGUGAAAAAAGCUUUUCUUGAAGCCCUGAAGUCCAAUGACUUUGAAACACUGGAAGAGCUCUUGAGCCAAAAGAAAAUAGAUGUGGACACAGUGUUUGAAGUGGAAGAUGAAAACCUGAUUCUGGCAUCCUACAAACAAGGGUACUGGCUUCCCAGCUACAAAUUAAAAAUAUCCUGGGCAACUGGACUUCAUCUAGCUGUCAUGUAUGGACAUCUGGAGAGUCUUUUGGUCCUCCUCAAUCACAAAGCUACAAUCAACUGCCGGCCCAAUGGAAAAGCUGCAAUCCACAUAGCCUGUGAAAUGGCAAAUGUUGACUGUCUCAAGAUCCUUUGCAACCAUGGAGCUAAGCUGAACUGCUUUUCAAUGAGUGGGCAGGCGCCCUUGCACUUCUGUACGACACGAACCUCCAUGCCUUGUGCCCAGCAGCUGCUUUGGAGAGGAGCAAAUGUGAACAUAAGAACAAACAACAAAGACGAGGAGACUCCUCUGCACGUCGUUGCACGUUUGGGUGUCCCAGAGCUCGUGGCCUUUUACGUGGAACAGGGAGCACAGGUGGAUGCUCUCAAUGCCUACAUGGAGACUCCCCUGGCCUGUGCAGCCUACUGGGCCCUUCACUAUAAGGAUCAGAUAUACAGCCAGGACCACCACCUCAUCUGCCGGAUGCUCCUAGACUAUAAAGCUGAAGUGAAUGCUCGUGAUGAGGAUUUCAAAUCACCACUCCACAAAGCUGCCUGGAACUGUGAUCAUGUCCUGCUGCACAUGCUGCUGGAGGCAGGAGCAGAAGCAAACAUCAUGGAUGUUAAUGGCUGUGCACCCUUACAGUAUAUCAUAAAAGUGACAUCUGUGCGGCCAGCUGCUCAGCCAGACAUCUGCUACCAGCUGCUACUGAAUCAUGGAGCAGCUAGGAUAUACCCUCUGCAAUUCCACAAGGUGCUGCAAGCCUGUCAUUCCCACCCCAGAGCUGUGGAAGUAGUCGUCAACUCCUAUGAACACAUCAAAUCCACAUCUAAGUGGAAAGCAGCCAUACCUGAGGAUGUCUUGGAGCGGCACCAGGAUUUCUAUGACUCCUUGUUCACUGUGUGCAGCAAUUCACCACGGUCACUGAUGCACUUAUGCAGAUGUGCUAUUCGGGCAGUAUUGUCAGAAAGGUGCCAUCGAGAAAUCCCCUUGCUCUCCAUCCCUCUGUCCAUGAAGAAGUACUUGCUACUGGAACCAGAAGGAAUCAUCUACUGA